CCUCUCUCUUUUCUUUUUUUUCUUUUUAUUUUAUUUUUUCCCUAUACAUUGCCAUUUUUCUUUUUCCAAACUCAAGAGUUUCAGAUUUUAUAGAUCCCACAUCCUUCUCAGUGUCCAAACACUCUCAAAACCUCAAUCUUUUUUCAACGAAGCCCUUCAUCACUGUAGGUUUCAACACCAGGCAGGCACUGUUAUUUCAUAUUCUUUCGCUUUCUUCAGAUUUGGCCAUUAACAUUAAAUAUCUCAAGUUUCUCAGAAGUGCUGAUGUUGGUUUCUGAAUUGAGGUUUCUGAGACUCUGAUAUUAUAGUUUCUACAAUUUUCUACCUUUUUCUCGUCAUCCAAACUCUAUAUAAAACCUCAAUUUCGUUGAGAAGUAAGAAAAAAAAAAGGAAACCCACCUACUGUAUAUCUCAAUUAUGCUUUUGAAAGCCUCAAAUUCUCAAAGAUUUCCAACUGGGUAUCUCGUUUUAUCUCUCAAAAGGCUUAUUCAUAUUCAAAGAAUCUUCCUUUCUUUGGGGCCUGCUGGUAUUUUCCUUUACUUUCUGAUGAUCCAAACACCAACGCAAGACCUCUAGUUAGCCGAAGAACAAAGCUCUUUUACAUGGGAGUCUCUUUUAAGGUCUCAAAAACUGGCAGAAGGUUCUGUCCAAAGCCCGUUAUUCUACCGGAGCCUGCUCUCGAUGAGGUUUCGGGAAAUUCCAAUGAUGUCUCCGUUAUUGGCUCGAAGAAUGAAUCCUCUACGAGAAAGCUCGAGUGUGACUUAGUUGAGGGCAGUGAGGAUGUCUCCGGCAUUUCAAGUUCAACCAUCUCUGAGCAUGAAGUUUCAUUCACAUUGAACCUCUACGCUGAUGGAUAUUCUAUUGGAAAGCCUUCAGAGAAUGAGGCUGCACUUCAGGCUACACUUCAAGAUGGUUCAAAGUUGUUGCAUCCAUAUGAUAAGACAUCUGAAACUCUUUUUUCAUCAAUCGAGUCUGGCCGGUUGCCUGGAGAUAUUCUGGAUGAUAUGCCAUGCAAAUAUGUUAAUGGUACACUCAUAUGUGAGGUUCGAGAUUAUCGAAAAUGUGUUUCUGAGCAAAGGUCUAGUAUUCUAUCCAUUGAUGGACUCCCUAUUAUAAAUAGGUUGCGCCUUAGGAUGUCAUUGGAGAAUGUAGUGAAGGAUAUCCCAUUGAUCUCAGACAAUUCUUGGACUUAUGGUGAUUUCAUGGAAGUGGAAUCCCGGAUAUUGAAAGCCUUGCAACCACAGCUUUUUCUAGACCCUACUCCCAAAUUGGAUAGGCUUUGUAAUGAUCCAACUCCCACAAGGCUUGAUUUGGGUCUGAGUGGCUUGCGGAGGAAAAGAUUAAGACAGAUGCCUGAAGUUACUGUAACAUCUACUAGCAGAAUCCAUGGGAAGAAAGUUUGUAUAGAUCGAGUGGCAGAAAGCUCAAGCAGCAGGUUAGGAGAUUCUGUAAUUGUUUCUGGCAAUAUGAUGCCACAGAGUGUCCCAGAGAAUCUGGCAGUGCAAAACUUUGCUCCAAUCAACAUGUUGGCCCUAGGAGCAAGAAGCUUUGGAUCUGAUGGCAAUGUUCCAGCAUUACCUUUGGUAUCACAACAACCAAGAUAUCAGAUGGUGGUGGGCACCCCAAGAAGUACGCAGGAGCAAGGGUCAGGGUCUCUUGUUAAUAUUUCAGGAGCUUCCCCUACUGGGCAGGACAUUAUGAUCUCAUAUGGCAACAAUAUGAAUUCUGGUAUUUCUCUUCAUGGUAAGAGGGACAAUCAAGAUGGGCAAAUGUCACCCUUAUCCAAUUUUAAUAAGAGAGCAAGGCUUACCCCAGUGGGUCCUGAUGGAAUUCAACAACAGCAAAUAGGGCCACAUAUGGAUGGCCUUCAUGCAUCAGAAAUGAACUGGAGGAAUUCUUUAUCACAGCACCAAGCAAUGGCAAGAGGAAUUCAUUAUGCUAAUGCAGGCAUUCAGAAAUAUCCCCAGCAGAUGUUUGAAGGGGUUAUGAAUCAAAAUCCUGUGCCAACAUCUUUUUCUGCUGCACAGUCAGGUGUAAGAUUUGGUCCCAAGGAAGAACAGUUUGAAACGGAAAAGCUGGAUGGCCCAGAGCUCAGUCAGGGUAAAAAUGAUAUAAUGGAGACAGAAACAGGCCAUCUGGACCCACAACAAUCACGACUACAGCAAAGAUUACCAGCUCAUCUUAUGAGAUCAAAUUUCCCUCAGGCAGCAUGGAACAAUCUCAGCCAAGAUUCAAGGAAGGAGGACCAACUCCAGAAGAGGAAAACAGUGCAAAGUCCCCGGUUAUCUGCUGGGGCUUUGCCUCAGUCACCAUUAUCAUCAAAAUCUGGGGAAUUUUCUAGUGGUUCUGCUGGGCCCCACUUUGGGGCAGUUGCAGCCAAUGCUGCAAUUGGAUCAUCGCAAAAGGAGAAGUCAGCUGUCACCUCAGUUGCUGCUGUUGGUGGAGCCCAAUCUUUGAUUUCCAGUGCUAAUGAUUCCUUGCAAAGACAACACCAGGCCCAGGUUGCUGCAAAGCGACUCCCAAUAACUCAAGUAAUGACUGGGGUUGGCUCUCCUGCAAGUGUUAGUAACAUGAGUGUACCAUUAAAUGCAAGUAGUCCUUCAGUUGGAUCUCCACCUGUGGCUGAUCCAUCCUUGCUUGAAAGGUUCUCAAAAAUUGAGGUGGUGACUAUGAGGCAUCAACUCAACUGCAAGAAAAAUAAGGUUGAUGACUACUCUGUCAGGAAACCCAACAUUUAUUUGCAUCAAAAUCUGACGGCUUGUCUCGCCAGUUUAUCCAAUAGUGAGGAUGUGAAAGAUGAUGCUAGUGUAAGAAAAUUAUCGAAGUCAAUCGUAGGUGGCAGCAUGAAUGUCUGCAAGAUGAGAAUUAUAAAUUUUGAUCGAGUAGUUCCAGGGAAUGUUGGUUCUUAUGUUCAUAGGUCACGCACUAGAAUGAUCAUGUUAGAGAAGCAAAGUGAUGGUACUGUAGCAAUGCAUUAUGGAGAACCAGAGGAUGGUGAUUUCCUGUCUGUGGAGGAUUAUCUUCCAACAUUGCCCAAUGCUCACUUUGCGGAUUUGCUUGCUGAACAAUUUUGCUCACUGAUGAUGCAUGAAGGGUAUAUCGUGGAAGAUAAUAUCCAACCAAAGCCUACCCACAUGAAGUUUGCCUCAAGUAGUCAUCCAAAUGCUGCUGGAAUCCCUGCUAAUAAUUCAGCAGUUGAGGUGCAACAAUACAAUGAAGCAGUUUCAGGUCAGGCAUCCAAUGAUGUAAAGCCAAGUCUUAAUUGUAAUGCAUCCAUUAAUCCGCCCCAGAAUCUAUUAGCAAAUGCUAGGAUGCUGCCUCCUGGAAAUGCUCAAGCCUUACCAAUGUCUCAAGGUCUCUUGCCCACGGUUCCAAUGCCUGCAAGACCACAACAGCUAGACUCACAACCAUCUCUUCAGCAGCAACAGCAACCACCUCAGUUGCAGCAGCAACCACAACAGCAGCAGCAAAAUCAACAUUCCUUGAUUCAACAGCAGCAUUCACAGUUCCAUAGGUCACCAAUGGUGCUUCCAUCUAAUCCACUUUCUCACUUGAACUCGCUGGGGCAGAAUGCUAAUAUGCAGGUGGGUAAUCACUUGGUCAACAAGUCUUCUCAACUCCAGCAUCAGCUGUUACAGCAGCAACAGCAGCUACAACCACAGCAGCAGCAGCAACAACAACAGCAGCAGCCACAGAUGCAGCAGAGGAAAAUGAUGAUGGGGCUUGGAACAGCAAUGGGAAUGGGAAAUAUGGGCAACAACAUGGGGGGCUUAGGAGGCCUGGGCAACUCGAUGGGCAUUGGAGGUGCAAGGGGAAUAGGACCUGGAAUCUCAGGACCAAUGGCACCUAUAUCCGGUAUGAAUAAUGUGGGCCAAAACCCAUUGAAUCUGGGCCAAACUUCAAAUUUUACCAAUGCGAUAAGUCAGCAAAUCCGUGCUGGACAAAUGACUCAGGCUCUGCUGAAUUCAAAACUUAGGAUGGUACAGAGAACAGGUGUACUAGGGGCCCCUCAGUCAGGCAUAAGUGGAAUGUCUGGAGCCAGGCAGAUGCACCCAAGUUCUGCUGGGCUUUCCAUGCUGGGCCAGUCUCUGAACCGAGCUAAUGUGAACCCAAUGCAACGGAGUGCAAUGGGGCCUAUGGGUCCACCAAAAUUGAUGUCAAGGACGAAUCUCUAUGUGAACCAACAGCAACAACAGCAACCGCAGCAACAACAACAAUUCCAGCAGCAACAGCAACAACAGCAGCAAUUACAGCAACAAUUACAACAGCAGCAACAACAACAGAUGCAGCAACAGCAAGAUCCAUCCUCAUCACUGCAGGCUGUUGUUUCUCCUCCACAAGUAGGCUCGCCAUCAACCAUGGGAAUUCCACAACUGAACCAACAAGCCCAGCAGCAACCCCAGCAGCAACCUAGUCCACAGCUGAGUUCAGGAGCAAUCCAUGCAUUGAGUGCUGGUAAUCCAGAAGCUUGUCCUGCUAGUCCACAGUUGAGUUCUCAGACCCUUGGCUCAGUUGGAAGCAUCACAAAUUCUCCAAUGGAGCUCCAAGGUGUAAACAAGAGCAACUCUGUUAAUAAUGCAUAGUAAAGUUGGUCUGCCUGUUUCAAAGCUACAUCCUCUGAGCUAUUCUUUCGUGGAAACUGAAAGCUAUGCAGCCAGAAUAGGGCAUCGACUUCCAUCAAAUUGAAGCUAGCUAAAAGGAGAAAAUUCUUCAUUUAUAGCUGAUCAAUAAUGCAAGGGAUAAAAUAGUGACGAGUAAUGACUUACGGUUGCUUGCCUUGGGAAAUUUUCAUAUCCAGAUUGCAAUUUGAUAUAUUCAACCUGCUAAGCGACAUGUAGGUAUAAAGAAAUCGUGUGCAGUGUUAUGUACGUGUAGAACUUUUUUAAGGAAUAUGCUAUUAUUAGUUUGAUCACUGACAUUAAAUUAGAUGAUGGUCUGCGAAUUCAAUUAUUAGUGGAUCUGCAGUUAGUGAUUA